UGCGAUGUUUUGAAAUCGGCCAAUACGUGUGAGGAAUUAUUAGAUACUGGCCCAAAAUCACCGAUUUUGAAGAUGACUGGAGGAUGUACACGAAGUGAAAUACGGGAGUAGAGUAUAGGAGUGUUCGAACGAGUUGACGGUCCCGAAGUUCGGGUAGGUGGAGAGAAGUGUAGCGGUAGUGAAGUGGAGCCUGCACGAACUUCGCUCGAGGGAGUCGAGCACAUUCAUAGACUUGGACAUGAUGGACAAUGUUUAUCAAUCUAAUGCUGGUAUUGCAAUUGAUGACUCUGACUGUUACCAACCAGACAGCUUACCAGAGGCUGUAGAGAGCGUGUCCAAGGCCCAGAAGCAGCAAGCAAGUGAGAUCCAGCAACACCAACAACUCUUGGCCACCCUACAGGAGGAGUUGCUUCAGGCACAAAAGCAUUUAGUUUCUCUAAAAGAAGAGCUGAGGGAGUGUUUAAGGAAGAUUUGCCUUGCCCAAGAAAACCACUCUAAAGGGAAGACACACGCUCAAGAAUUACAGGAAGCUAUUGAUGCUACAGUUCUUGAGAAUGUCAGUCUAAAGCAGAUGAUAAAAAGGACAGAAGCAGAUAGGAUAAGAGAAGACAGAAUGUACAAGGAGUAUGGUGAAAAGAUGGACAAGUAUAAACAAGCGGUUUUAGAGAUGGAAGCCAACUCUCCUGAUCAUCGGGAGCUUGCCAAACAGAAAAAGAUCUGUGAAGACAUGGAAAAGAAAAGAGCAGAAUUAAAAGCUGAGGUGGAAAUGGAUGAAGAGAGUGGGGAGCUGUUAGCCAAACGUAGACUGGAGGAUGAAUUACAUCAACUACAAAUUACCAAAGCUGAUCAACAACAGAAACUUAAUCAACUCAAACAGGAGAUUACCAAGGAAAAUUCCAAGCAAGCUGGAAUUCAACAGGACAUUGAUGUAUUGCAGAAGCGCAACAAGGCGCAGUUGACACGUCUGAAAUGCCAACUUAAAGAAGCACAGCUGAGGAACUGGCAAUGGGGCCAAGAAUCAGAGCAGCUAGAAGCUCAACUGGAACUCCUGAAAAAGAAUGAAUCAUCCAUGACCCAGAACUGAAAAGGAUUGAAA